AUGAUUGCCGCAUCGGGCAUCCACAAACUGCCGGACAAUGAGGAGCGCGGUGGCCCUCUCAACUACAAUGUCGGUGCCAACAACAUCCACGGCUGGCCCGUGGCAACACCUCGCCGUACCCGCUACGGCUCGACAUCUCGCAUCACUGCCCAUGCCACGACGCCCGGAAUAGCCGCCGCCAGUGCCAGCAUCCCCAGGCAUCAGCAGCGUCCACCCCGUUCUGCCAUUAAUAACAGUGCGCAACCGAAAGAGAACAGGACCGCGAUAGCGGCAAGCGUAUGGCCAGCAGUCCCUGCCACAGCCCCUGGCAGAAUCAUCAGUACAGGCGCGAGCGCAGUCCCCGACGAAAUCCCGGCCUGCGCAGGACGCGCUGCUGUCCGCCAUCCUAUGUCGGGGCCGCCGCCGCCGCCGCCGCCCGCGCUGCCGCCGACAAUGGAGGAGAACGACCCCAUGUUCGACUACCCGCCGGAGAACUGGAUCGCGUCCAUGAUCGGGACCGAGGGGCUGGUGUACCGGUUCAGCGACGCGCUGGCGUACAAGAGCCACGUGACGCCGCGCGAGGUGGACCUGAUGGAGGCGGCGGGCGGCGACCUGGCCGUGCGCGUGCUGACGCGCGUCGUAUGGAAGGGCGCGCGCCCGCACACGGGAACCAAGUCGGCCAUCAUGGAGCUCGGGCGCCGGUUUAGUUUUCGUGAUGAUAUGUCUGAUGGUGCGGACCGCCACGCCUGCGUCGCCGACAUGUUCCUGCUGCUGGAGCGGCUGCACUGCGGGGCUAGUGGCGGCAAGGGCCGCGGCCGCGGCAUCGUGCACGGCGACAUCAAGGAGUCGAGCUUCGUGUGGGGGCGCGACGGCCGCCUGCGGUUCGUCAACUUUGCCAGCGCGCGCUUUGUCGAUGAGCCGCCCGACGCGUGGGACCCGGCGCAUACGACAGAGGCCUACUUCACGCCCAAGCGCAUGGGGUGGCGCGACCAGCAGAUCCGGCAGAGCGUCGCCGUCACCGACGACGGCAGCGGCGCGAGCACAAACGGCAGCGGCGGCACGGCGGUGGCCAUGAUGCCAAUGGUCCCGCCGCCGAGAGUCUUCGACGACUACUAUGCCCUCGCCGUCACGCUGUGGAGUAUGUACACGGGCAAGAAGCCGCGCGGCCGCCAGUUCAACCAGGUCAACAUCCGGCGGUCCGACCUGGCCGAGGUCGACGACGAGAUGGUGCGCGCAUGGAUCCGCAAGGUGUUCAAGAUGGCUGGGUGCAGGUUCUGGUCGCCGGCGCACCAGGAAUACGGCCAGAAUGAUUAG